AGCCAAUCGGUAGUAUUUUCCGAGUUUCGCUCUCCGUUUGAAAUUGACGUGCUGGAAAAGGACUAGUUAAGACAUUAAAGUUGAAGAAGCACUUUAAAUUAGAUCAAUCAGCACUUAAAGUUAUUUACGGUAUUGUUAUGUUGUUUUAAGUUGGUGGGCGAUACUGUAUUCUGUUUCAUGUGGGUUGCGUUUCUCGAAUUGCUUCGUAUUUACGUGUUGGUGACUUCUACAGUUAAACCAAAUUGCUUACUUCAUAAUGACUGAAAGACACACACUCACAUCUGGGGCAAGUCUAAGUCUGCUUGUGGAUUCAUCUGUCUUGGAUUCUAAAAUUACAGACACUUACAAGGAACGUGUAUUUAAUGCAUCUGCCUCAGAAGAUGCUGAAGAUGAAACCUCUCCUGUGGAAACUAGAGUUAUUUUGGUUGGAGAUGCGUGCAGUAAUCAACAGCUGUUGAAAGCCUUGGAGGAUAUCAAAAUGCCUUGUAUAAAGGCUGAGUCAAUGGAGGAGCUUGGAAAUUUGGAGAACACAGAUUUUGAGGCAAUUUUUGUUCUACCGGACUUUAAAGACCCUGCAUUUGACUAUUUGAACAGUCCAGAAAACAGGGUCCUGGGGCCUCCAAUUGUCAUGUUAUGUGCACGUAGAAAAGAGCCCUUGCCAUUUACAUCCCGGCCUCUGUACUGCGCAAGCAUGAUAGACAUGGUGCUCUGCUUCACUGGAUUCCGAAAAAAGGAGGAACUGGUUGCUGUGAGCAUGGGAACACCAAUACUGAAAGCCGACUGGAUUUACAAAGCCUGGGAACGAAGAGAUGACUUAGAAUUUUGUGCUGCUGAUGAGGAAUUCAGGAAUGCAUUUAAGGUCCCACCGUUUCAAGACUGUAUACUAAGUUUUUUUGGAUUUCCAGAUGAAGAAAGAUCAAACAUGGAAGAAAUGACAGUAAUGCAAGGUGGGCAGCAUCUUCCAGUAGGAGAUGAAAGGUGUACUCACUUAGUGGUAGAAGAAAAAAAUGUGAAAGAUCUCCCCUUCGAGCCAUCAAAAAAGCUGCAUGUAGUGAAGCAGGAGUGGUUUUGGGGAAGUAUUCAAAUGGAUGCAAGAGCAGGCGAAUCAAUGUAUUUAUAUGAAAAGUCUGUUAGUCCUGCUCUCAAAAAGUCUGUAUCCCUGCUUUCUCUGAAUACCCCAAACAGUAAUCGAAAGAAACGUCGUCUUAGGGAUACACUUGCACAGCUUACCAGGGAUACAGACAUUUCUCCCUUUCCUCCUCGGAAGCGUCAGUCAGCUGAACAUUCUCUUUCAAUGGGAUCUUUACUCGACAUCUCAAAUACUCCAGAGUCAGGAAAGUCUCCAGGAGAUAUGCCAAAUUCAUGUUCAAAACUUUCAAAACUUACUACUCCUGUGCCUCUGAAGCAAUCUGCUAGGUGGCAGGUAGCAAUGGAAUUAUACCAGACAGAAAGCAACUAUGUAGAUAUCUUAACCACAAUUAGUAAGUUAUUUAAAGAACCUCUGGAAAUGGAAGGACAACUUGGAGGUCCAAUUCUUGCACCAGAAGAAAUAAAAACUAUUUUUGGCAGUAUUCCAGACAUUCUUGAAGUACACAGGCGAAUAAAGAUGGACCUAGAAGAUCUUAUGAUUAAUUGGUCAGAGAAAGAAAGUGUUGGUGCUGUUUUUCUUAACUAUUCAAAAGACCUCGUAAAAGCUUAUCCACCUUUUGUAAACUUCUUUGAAAUGAGCAAACUAACCAUAGUGAAUUGUGAGAAGCAGAAACCAAGGUUUCACGCAUUCCUAAAGAUUGCACAGUCGAAACCAGAAUGUGGUCGACAAACCUUGGUCGAGUUGCUUAUUCGACCUGUACAAAGAUUACCAAGUGUUGUACUGCUACUUACUGAUGUUAAGAAACAUACUGCAGAUGACAAUCCUGACAAAGCUACUUUGGAAAAAGCAAUUGAAUCACUGAAGGAAGUAAUGACGCAUAUCAAUGAAGACAAGAGGAAAACUGAAGGACAGCGACAGAUAUUUGAUGUAGUUUAUGAAGUUGAUGGGUGUCCUGCUAAUCUGUUGUCAUCUCACCGUUUGCUAGUACAGAGGGUAGAGACAGUAUCGCUUAGUGAAGAGUUGUGUGACCGAGGUGAACAAGUUACCCUAUUUCUGUUCAACGAUUGCCUUGAGAUUGCACGUAAGCGACACAAAGUCAUGAAUGCAUUUAAAAGUCCUCAUGGACAUACACGACCACCUGCCUCUCUCAAGCAUAUCUGCUUAAUGCCUCUUUCUCAGAUCAGGAAAGUACUGAACAUCACAGAAACAGAAGAUUGUCGGCAUGCAUUUGCUUUAGUGGUUCGACCUCCAACAGAGCAGGAAAACUUAUUGCUGGGUUUCCAGUUGACGGCAGAGGAGCCUGUGAAACAGGAGUGGCUAAGGAUUCUAUGCCGGCAUAUAGCCAACACUAUUUGCAAAGCAGAUUCUGAGAGUCUUAUUUGUACUGCUUCUCCUCAUUCUGUUGACCUGAACACCAAGGACAUGGAUAGCACAUUGAGUAGGGCUUCCAGGGCCAUUCGGAAGACAUCUAAGAAGGUUACAAGAGUGUUUUCCUUCACUAAAACUCCAAAACGAACUCUGCAGAAAGCACUGAUAGUAAGCAGCACCCCAGAUGAAACAAGCCCUGUUCGAGGUGGUGAGAGUUUUAUUGGCAGUCUAAGUAGCUCAUCAACCUUAGCAGGUAUGCAUUCUCCUUCUUUAAUCAACAUUCCAUCUAUGUUUGAAAGGCGUCAUCACACUUUCAGUCGAUCGACAACCCAUCUCAUAUAAAGACAGUUUUCAUGAUUUUCGUUAAUCUACCUUUUUGAUAUAUGAAGAACUGACAGUGGCCACCUGGUGUAUCACCUUUACAAGUUUGCUGAAGCAGAGGGUCAUUGCUAAACUAUUAAAACGUGACUAGCAAUGCAAACGUUUAGCUGGAAAAACACUUGCUGAAAUAUAUUCUGCUUUUGGUUCCAUUGAUCCACACUAAUGAAAGUCCUUUUUAGUAAAAGACUAUCAUAUUUAAUAUUUGCAUUGGUUAUGCAGUUACAGUGGCUGGUUUUAAUGUUAUGUACAACUGAAUACCUUUGCUUGUGUAUUAAAUUGUAUCCUUUCUGAAGGUUUAUUUUUAGUUGCCAACCUAGAAAUCUUUCUUGAUUUCUAGCCCAGCUUAUUUUGUAUAAAAUGUGCAUCAUGAAAUGAUGCAGUGUGUGUUCUGAACUGGAAGUUGUGAACCUUGGAGACCUGGACAAUUUCUGAAUAUUCUGUAUAUCUAUAUAUAUAUAUAUAUAAUGGCUUAAAGAUGAGCCGCUAUUAACAUUUUGCUGCUGUUGGUACUUAACUGUGUGUAUGAAAGUUUUAAUUAUUCAUGAUCAUUUAGAAUAUAUGGUAUGACUGUAAGGCAAGCUCUGGUUUUUAAUCAGGAAAGCUUGGGAUUACAGAAAGGAAAAGAAAACAAAAUCACUGCAUUGAAUGGAGGAGAUUUGAAGCAUUUAAAGGGUUUCACAGACUGAACUGUGGCACUAGUCAGAUAUUUAUUUCAAAGUGGCAGCUGCUUGCAGUGAUUUAUUUCUGAAUUUGUCCUAUUUAACAAGAAGUACGUACUUCUGAUGCUGGUUUUCAACAUGAUGUCCAAUUUUCUGGAUAUUCUCUGUUUCUGAAACAACUAAAUGUCUGUGUAAAUUGUCAUUUAUCUUUAUAUGUACUGUAUUACGAUUUACUUCAUUAUACUGUACUUGUUUGUUUGUUGUGGUAUACAUAUAUUCCUGCACUUUUAUUGUUGCUUGUUUAAUGCAUAUUGUCUCGUCUGAUUUUAAUGUUCUGUAAUGCCAAAUGAAAGUUUCUUACUGUGUAACUAUUGUUCUAAAACUGACAAGAAAUGUAUGAUGUAUAUGAAAAUAAAUGUGAUAAAUGUG